AUGGCAGCACAGAUCUCGACCAGCCUGCAUGUUGUCAUCUUGAUGAUGAUCUUCGGCUUACUGCUCAGACUCCCCUAUGUGGGAGGCAUGGGUUGCGCUUGGAGCUCACCCGAAUCCUCCAAAAAUGGCAUUUGCAAAGCAGCCCCGAGAGGCAAGGAACCAAUCACGCAGACGCAAACGCAGACUCAGGUCCAACCCAAGUUGCCAACACCUCCGACAUUGUAUUACAAACGACUCGAAGUGGUUUUUGAAAAGGGCGUGCCGCAAAGCGUAACACGAACGAAGGGACCAAACGGGGAGAAGAAGAAGCGUCUCCACAGCUGCGACGACACCUGUGAGAUGGAAGGUGCUGGCGCAGCAAGAGCAAUAAUGAACGCUGCCGAAAGACCACCGUAUCAUCAGCCUCGCAUCAAUGGUUAUUGCAAUCUUGGUUGGUUCCAUUUUGGUUGGCGUUUGAAGGGAGAAAUCGAAUAUCCUGAUGCUCUGAUUGAAUCUCUGGGCAAGGCUAUCGACGUCAAUGAGGCUAGUACCUCUGCUUCUCGCCAGCCCACAGUAUGUGAAAACUUGGCUCACGAAGUGCUUCGCAAAACGGAGCACCUUCUCGAUGGAUGGCCGGUAGUCGAGCCGUCAUCUGUCAGCGGAGGUUAUGAUGCAGCCUCAUCAGUAGGGCUUGGAGUCAUUGCUGCACAAAAUAUCCUCAACAACGGCAAGUUCUUGUCGGCACGUACUCUAAAGUCGGCGCCUUGCAAUGAUGCACCAAACAAGCAGAAGAAAUCAAAGAAGCCGAGGGAGUCAGAGAAGCAGAAACCCCUGAAGUUGUGCAUGUGCCAGGUUGGGUUAGUUAUCGACAGACAUUUGGUGCCUCGCAAGCCCGACAAAAGCUCGUUGAACUUGCCAGGCUGGACACUUGAUCCGCCUGCAGCUGAUAUUGGAAAGCACAUCAGGCCAGGAGAAUCUGUCUAUGACCCCAAAAAAGUGCCCGAAGUGGAAGUUAUUCGGGAGAAUCCAUUUCCCCAGAUACAGAAUAUGGACUUCAACGGCAUAUUUUCGCAACGUGUGAUGAAUCCCUUCAAUGGGCCACACGACUAUGCAUUAGAAGGGCUUGCUUUCACGGAUAAGAAAAUAGGCUGGUCCAAAGGCAAGGCCUGCGACUGGAAAGAGGUGUCACAUAGCUUUAUCACGGCAGCUACAGGAUUUUGGGGGCCGUUCACCUAG